AUGAAAGGGGUUAUUGUGUUAUUAUUGGUUGUAUAUGCCACGUUCGGGCAUGUUGCGGCUGGCAGGAGCUGUAGGCGCUCAAAUGUGGUGGGAGUAGACCAAUGCCCACCUGAACAGGAACAUGACUGGACUAUAGAACAUUUAAUGAGGCAUGAAAAUUGCAACAUGUUCUACCAUUGUGUAUAUGGUCAACCUAUGGCGAGAUAUUGUCCUGGAAACUUGUAUUUCGACUUGAGUACUUGGCGAUGUGAAUGGCCUCAUCUUGUGGACUGUCAAGAUAGAAUUAUACCCCCUCCACCAACAGUUGUUCCUCCCACAACGACUCCAUCUACUACAACUACAACCACACCUGCUCCAACAACAACUACAUCAACUACAACAACUCCUGCUCCAACAACAACUACAUCAACUACAACAACUCCUGCUCCAACAACAACUACUUCAACUACGACUACGACAACUCCCGCUCCAACGACAACAACAUCAACUACGACUACCACUACUCCUGCUCCUACAACAACUACAACAACGACCACGACUACUCCCGCUCCGACAACAACUACAUCAACGACAACCACAACAACUCCCGCUCCAACAACAACUACAUCAACUACGACCACAACAACUCCCGCUCCUACAACAACUCCAUCUACUACUACAACGGCUCCUGGUUCUCUAGAAAACGGUUGCCCCGUAAACCCACAUAUUCACAGGCUUCUACCCCACGAGUACGAUUGUAACUUAUUCUACUAUUGUGUUUGGGGUUCAAGAGUGCUGCGUCAGUGCCCCGGUGUAUUACAUUUCAACACUAGGAUACAGGUUUGUGACCACAUAGUGAACGCUGGAUGCACACUUCCUGGCAGAGCGCAGUUUCAGCUCAACCAAAUACUGGGGCGUGGAUGA